AUGUCAAAAUCAUCCUCUUCUCUUCCUCUACCACACCAAAAAGAAACACAUGAAGUGUUCCUCAGUUUCAGGGGCGACGACACUCGCAAGAAAUUCACAAGCCAUCUCAAUAGCGCAUUAAGAAGGUUAGACAUAAAGACCUAUAUUGACGACAAUCUAGAAAGAGGAGACGAAAUAUCACAAGCGCUUCUCAAAGCGAUCGAGGAAGCAAAACUAUCUGUAAUUGUUUUUUCGAAAAACUACGCGAACUCAAAAUGGUGUUUGGAUGAAGUUGUGAAGAUACUCGAGUGUAGGAAAAAUAAUAGGCAAGUUAUUUUGCCUGUUUUCUAUGAAGUUGAUCCUUUCCAUGUUCGACAUCAAAGGGGAAGUUAUGCUGAGGCGUUUGCGAAACAUGAAGAACGUUACUCGAAUAAAAUGAACAUGGUGCAAAAAUGGAGAGAUGCUUUGGGUGAAACAGCCAAUACUUCUGGAUGGGAUUCCUUGUCCAACAUCAACAGAACAGAAUCUGAACUUGUUGAGGAAAUUGCAAAGGAUGUACUGCAAAAGCUAAAUCAUGUUGAUGUUAGUGAUCUAGACAAGCAAAUUAUGAAAUUAGAGCAACUUGCACAACUUCAGCUUCAAUAUUAUAAAAGCAUAACGAAUUACAUGAAUAAAGAAAGUUACGACGCAACAGUUGAACGCAUAACGGAACUUAAAAUGAUAAGAAGUAUUCGAAUGCUUCGUUUGGAACCAGAGAUGAUUUCAUUCAUGGAAGGUUCAGAAGCUUAUGAAAGAUUUUUUUAG